AUGUUUGAGCGACGAGCGGCCGAUCGUUAUCACCUCCGAAUGCACCGAGCCCGCUCAGCGGUGCUGACUUCCGAUGAAAUCGUCGAGGUGCGAGCCGCUCAGCGGACCUUUGAAGGCGCCUAUGUUCGGACGGCCCUCUCUCAGUUCUCCUUCGCCCUUGUCGUCCUGAAAAUCUUCACCGCCGAGUUCUACAGUAUCGGCGCCCUAUUCGCCAUUUACGGCACCGGUGUCCUCAUCAUUGGAUUGUUCCGUCGCUCUCAGGGAAACCGCCAAUUUUUUCGGAAAUGGGAGCCGAUGGCAUCCAUCGUCACAAAUUCCGGACCAGCGGAAAUGCGGUAG